AUGAAGAGGCAACACCAAGAAGUCCAGACCCCAUCUUGGCAAGACAUGAAUCCUAGCAUACUCUCAAAGAUCUUUAGCUUUCUGGGCGUUGAGGACCAGCUCUUUGGCCCCCCCUUUGUUUGCCAGUCAUGGCUCUCUGCAACCCUGGACACCCUCUUCCAAAACUCCAAGCUUGAUCUGAGACUGAUGGACAGGCUUGAUGACAAGAACCUGAGAUUCAGAUUCACCCACCUCCUCAAAUUGGCCAUCAACCUCUACCAUGGCUGGGUAUCCAUCUAUUUCCCCAGCAAGCACAGGCUGGGAUACUUUGCUACUCUGUAUAUAGCAGAGAGAACUCCGAGGAUCACAUCUGUUGUUUUGCCUCCUCAAGUUUGUGCGAAUAUGAUCCCAAUCUUCAUCUCUGCCCUUUACUGGAAAAAUUUGAGGCUUUUCCAGGCAAGAAUGAAUCCAGAUCUAGGGUUUCUUGUGAUAUCCCAGCUGGUCGAUUGCUGCAAGAACAUCACCGAGCUCAGAAUCCAUGGCACAGUGGUAAUGGAGAGAGAGGUUUCCUGCAUAAUUGAAGGGUUUCCCAGGAUUCAGAUCCUUGAUCUUUCCGAGUGUGUUUCUUCUUGUGGGGCUUUGGAGAUUGCUCUGGAUGGGAGAUUGGGCUGGUUGAAGGAGCUUAACCUUUUGCACUGCAAGUUCAUGGGUGAUGAUGGCAAGGACAUCAGAGAAGACUACUUGAAAUUGAAGGAAUUUAGGAACAAGGUUCUUGAGAAAGCUUCUGGGUUCACAAGUUUGAAGAAGUUGAGGCAUUGUCUGGUGAAAGUUUGUCCAGAUUGCAGGGAUCAUGGCUCUUUAGAUCCGGAAAACUUACCCUAA